AUGGGCCGCAUUGCUACACUUGGUGAUUCUGUUGGCAGAGCAGCUGAUAUAGAGAAGUGCUUGGCUCCCCCGCGUACUAUUUCAGGAUUCAUGACCGUAGAAGAGGCAGAGGCUGGCCCAAAUCAAUUGCGAUUCAAGCUUGUUCGUAUUGGAAGGAUCAGCUUCUCACACGAUUCAGCUGUACGUCUGAUGUUUCGCGAAUGGACGCUCCUUGAUGAGGAGCGAUUCGAAGCGCGCUUGCUGAUGGCUACCACGGUCACCAGACGACUCAUGGAACACACUUCGAUUAUCUACAAGAAAGUCUAUCCACGAUAG